AUUCGGAAAUUAUGAUUUGUUCUUGACUGAUUUACAAUGCGGAUCGAGCAAAAAUAACAGCGGAAUAUAAAAGACGUAACGUAAGAACACGUUCACGUUUUUAGAAGGACAUAUACGACUACGACAUUCUGAAUAUUGAAUAACACAUUUGAUGUACUUAUAACGCCUGCUUUCUAAUUAACACCAGGUCUGUUCAUGUAAUAAGAUGGACCAAGGGAGAGAUAAAUACCCUGACUCAAAAGCGCAUCCUCAGAUUAAGCUCACAUUAAAUACAUUAUAUGACAAUAAUAUUAUGCUAAUAGUUACAAAAUGAAAAAUCAAUUAUAGCUAAUUAGACCAAGGGGAAGCUAUAAUUUCGUGGGAUUAAAAUUGGGCUGCCGAUGACUAAGUACUACGUAUAAAGACGCACUCACUUAGAUAUACAUAUAAAACAAGACUACCCCUCGUCUUAGUUUUGUAUCUACCGUUCAGAAUGAUGAGGUCAUACCAAUUUGCUGAUGUCCUAUCAAGAUUCGACGAGACAGGGAGAGAUGUAGCCUUAGAUAGAAUGAUGGCGAAUGCUGGAGUGAAUUCGAAGAAAAGGGGCAUGCGUGGAUUGACUCACUCCACAACAUCACAAGAACUUCAGGCUGGCUCUCUUAAUAAACUCAAUAUGUUGAAACAUAGUUUAAUCCAACAAGAACAAAGUAAUCUAUCCAAUGCUUUGGAAAGAAUACGGAUGAAAAAUCGAAGCCAUUUAGUUGCCGACCAAACAGGAGCGAAGACAGCCAAGCGCCCAAAGCCACAAACUCUUCACGCUGUCCAGCGCCUAAAACGAUAUGGUACAGGUGGCCGAGCUUUGCCUAGUUUAGCAAAAGGUAUCGUAGAAGGUAAACACCUGAAUGACGAAGGUAAAGCCCGCAGUUCGCCUCCAUUCCGGUCCCGUGAUGUUCGUAAAAGAGAUUGUACCACUGCACCCGGAAAAAUUACUUUACCGAUGUCACCAAGGGAACGCAUGGGUGGGAUGACUGUGACGCGUUUUGAGACGCAAGUUGUCGACUGUCAGACGGAAUCCAAUCCCAAAUCGUUAACACGCGAAAACAGAAACUCAAGUCCCUUUGCAAAACAAGUGCAUCUUAACGGAGACAAUACAUUGACGAAACAGAUGGCCGUAUUCAACAGGGACCCAAAGACAAACAAGUUAUAUUCAAGGGUAACAUCUCGAAGAAAUGACAAUAAGGAAGACCAGUUUUUACCCGAAUUAUCUCCAAGAAGUUACAGACUGGGACGUAAAAAUUGCGAUUUUGAAGAUACGGAGGGGCUAGUAACGGUAACAGGCCCAACGCCUAUCAACAAUCCAUACAGCGAUCGGGACACUCAUAUCAACAAACAUAAAAAAGAGAAAAGAGAUCAAGAGGUUUAUGGAAUAGCUAAUAAACAUAGUCAGGAGAGAUCGUAUUUAUCACGACAUGGGAUCCGUGCUAAUGUAACGCAAAGUGUACCUAAUAGUAGCGUGAUACACCAGAAUUACAAGGAUGACAUAACUAAAACUCCUUCGAAUUACAAACCCUCGAGAACUGUUCCAAAUUAUGCUCAGAUACCCGUGAAAUCUAUCUUUGUUGAGAUGCCGAGCAUUGUGUUUCGCCCAUCUAGUCCCGAGUCAGAUCUUGCCGAUGAUGAAGCCAUUACCCCUCGUACCAAGCAGUCACUCCAGAGAAUCUUUCGGCAAAACGAGCUCUAUGAAAAAGAAGUAAAGGAUCUAUUGGAAGAUGUACGUGAACUCAAUGAAAUGACACAACAAUUAGAGAAGAAAGCGAAAACAGAAGAACUGACAGGAGCUAUUGAAAAUUUACAGCUCGAUGAAGAAAAACAUUUUUUUUAA